AUGCAAUUGAUGACAAUUAUAUCCAGUGCGGCAACUUGUCUUACUGUUAUAGCCCAGGCUGAUGCUACAUAUGCAUAUCAGAAACGUGUUGAUGAAGCCCCAAAGACAGUUGGACCUCCAGGACUUACAUCUGGAUUUGACCCGGUUUCUGCAGUGCAUCCAUUGACAAGAUCCGGAGCAGAACUGCUAACAAUGCCAAGUGCUGAAACUUUUACAAGCGACGCCCACAAAAGCACCAGCAGUAUAUCUCAUAAACAACUGUCGCAUUCUGCCAAGGCUGGCUCAGCUGCUGUGGUGCAACAUCAGGAACCGUUUACGGCAAUGGCUUUCUCGAUAUUUAUAAUCUAUAUGGGUGAACCGGUAUGUGAGGCUAGGUCGGAUUUUGCUGUUGUUGUUGGCGGUGUAACAAACUUAUGGAUGUUAUAG